CCUUGAUCGUGUACUUUGUCACUGUCUUGAUGGACGCUGUACCCACAACUCCAGCUGUACCGGUGCUGCCAACGGACAUGUCAACUGCAGACGUGCAGAUGAAAGACGAGACUUCCGUAGAAGACAAGGUCACUGAGAAUGUUCAGUUAACCGAGACUGGUGAAACGGGCGCCAGUGAGCAAGGACGUGAAACAACCCCGAACCCAGAUGGACCCUGUACAAGCGAAGAGGUUCCAAUGACCAUAAUCGCCUCGGACAACGGCAAGGAAGUACAAAAAUCUAACUCGGACCCCCUUCCUGACGUCAACAGACCGCAAGAAUCCAUCAUUACUACAGAUAUUACUAUCCCACCAAUAUCACGUCCACAAUCUCCAGCAAUGCCACCUCCAUCACGUCCUGCUUCACGUCUACCACCAAUGGGCUCUUUCCAAGUUCCUUCUCAGCCUUUGCUAGAGCGUCCCCUCAAUGUCACAGAUGCUUUGGGCUACCUUGAUGCUGUCAAAGUACAGUUCCAUGACCAGCCAGAUGUUUAUAACCAAUUCCUUGACAUCAUGAAGGACUUCAAGAGUGGACUCAUCGAUACACCAGGCGUUAUAAAACGCGUCUCCCAACUUUUUCAUGGUCACCCCUUCCUUAUUCAGGGCUUCAACACUUUCCUCCCUGUCGGUUAUCGCAUCGAAUGUUCCUCUGACCCACAACAGUCCUCUUUUAUUACUGUCACAACCCCUACUGGCACAAUGCUUCAGUCCACUCGUGACGAUUCUUGGCCUUCUGCUCCUCCAGCCCCUCCAGCUACCCUAUUGGCUGAACCCGACGUAAACAUGUACGGCAGUCUCGACAGCUCCUCUAUAGAACCAGCCGUUCAGUAUGUCCAAAAGAUAAAGCAACGCUGCGACGAAGCCACCUACCGCCGGUUUCUAGAAAUUCUCGGCAAGUACCAUAACACCACCGACGCCGUCGACGAGCGCGAAGUAUCAGCUGAAAUUGCCCGCCUUUUCAAAGACGAUCCCGAUUUGCGCGCCGAUUUUAGGAUUUUCAUGCCUGAGAAGAGCCAGGCACUUUUUGAUGAAGCAGAAGAAAGCUAUAUUACACUUCCAACAGGACGCCGAACGCGCUCAAAUACGCCCUUGGAUGGGAAGCCUGUCCGCCGUCGCACAGACCCCCAACCUCCCGUCGAGCCCUCUGUCCCUCAAAAACGCAAGCGUAAGGCCAACGAACGUGACACUGUUUCCACCGCACCCAAAGCUCCCUCCAAGCUCAAACAGCCACCUCUCCCUCCUUCCCUCCUCCCACCAGAUGACACACACUUCUUUGACCGCGUCAAGCGUGCACUUGGGAAUCGAGACACUUACAACGAGUUUUUGAAGCUUGUAAAUCUCUUUACCCAGGAGCUUAUAGAUACCGCACGCCUCGUCCGUGAAGCACGGAAUUUCUUGGGAGAUGCCGAUCUGAUGCGUCAGUUUAGGGAGAUUCUUGGCUGGGAUGAUAGGCGCGAGAGGGAGCGGUGGGUCUUGGAGGAGAGUCAGCAGCAGCAGACUUGGGCGAGGGCGCAAGGCCAGGGAGGCCCCAUGGUCGUCCCAAUCCGCCCGGGCAGAGUAAGUGCGGGGCUCCAACUAGGAAGUUACCGCCGAAUGCCACCUAGCGAAGCCAACGUCGCCUGUGCAGGGCGCGAUGAGAUGUGCCGCGCAGUCCUCAACGACGAAUGGGUCUCGCACCCCACCUGGUCGUCCGAAGACGCAGGCUUCAUAGCGCACAGGAAAAACAUCUAUGAAGAGGCUCUCCACCGCUCCGAAGAAGAACGCCAUGAGUACGAUUUCCACGUUGAAGCGGCCACACGCACCAUUGCCAUUCUUGAGCCUCUCGCUGCCAAAAUCGCCCAACUCCCGCUCGAAGAGCGAUCCGGGUUUAAACUGAAGCCUAAUCUCGGAGGCUCGGGCAAAGCAGUGCAUGCACGCGUCAUUAAGAAGAUAUACGGACGCGAAGCUGGACUGGACGUUUUGCAAGCAAUGCAAGACGCGCCAGCCCUGGCGAUCCCGGUCGUCCUCAUGCGCCUCAAAGAGAAGGAAGAGGAAUGGAAACGCGCACAGAGGGAGUGGAAUAAAGUAUGGAGGGAAGUGGACGCCCGGAACGCUUCUCGUGCUUUGGACCACGCAGGGAUCGCAUGUAAAGCCGCAGACAAAAAAGCUCUUUCAGCAAAAGCGCUCGUGGCUCAGAUCGAAGCCGCGCGUGAUGCGCAGGCGAGCCAGCGGGCUGCGCUUGUGGAUCCGUUGUUUGCGCGUGCGAGGGAUGCUGUGAAGAUGGCGUUGUCGUUUUUGGAUAGGACGCAAGGGCAGAUCGGGGCUCCUGAGCGAAGACGCGUCGAGGGAUUCUUGCGGACGUUCAUUCCACUGUUCUUUGUUUUGGAUCAAGAAGUGUUUCAUAGAGCGUUCGUGCUUGGGGAAGCGGGGGAAGUUGACAUGGGGGAUGAUGUGGACGAUGGGGAGACGGGGAGUGUUUCGGGUGGGAGUGGGGGCAAGAAGAGGAAGGGUGGGAUUUCUUCGGGCGGGGAUUUGAGAAAGAAGUUGUUGAAGAGCGAGCAAGCCAAGUUGACGGGAAGGAAGACGCGUGCACAGGAAGCGGCGUCUCCGUCUUCUUCGAGACCUGCUUCGAGACCUGCAUCUCCUGUGAUACCUGAUGCGAUGCAGGUAGAUGCCGUGGAGGAGGGGGAACGAGAGCCUGUUGUGCCGUUGCGCAAGGCCUCGAGGAAGAAUGUUUUCUUUGGGAAUACUGUGUUUUAUGUGCUAUUGCGACUUUUAGAGGCGCGUGGUUUUUUGCUGGUUCCCCACUUUUCCAUUCCUAACCUCAGCGCGCGCAUCGCUGUUGAAGCGCCUAAAUCGGCGUCUAAAGCGAAAUCAGUCGUUCCACCGCUAGGGAUGCCGUCCCUCGUUGAACUCGCUCAGUCAGACGAUCGAGCUGCUCAUGCAGAUCAUUUCUAUGAUCUAAUGCUCGAGUCGUGCGAGAGGCUAUUUGAUAAUGAGAUCGAGCAAUAUGUGUUCGAGGAGCAGAUGAGGUAUAUGUUUGGGGUGAAGGAUGCAUAUCGGAUAUUUACGAUCGAUAAAGUCAUAGGGUCGUUGAUCAAGCAGGUCCAGAUUGUGUUGGCUGAUUCCAGGAGUCAAGAACUCUUUGAGCUUUUGAAGCGCGAUCGGGCAUUACAAGUGCCGACGAUCCAAGAUCAGCUCAACAGCCGACGGUUUGCAGAAAAUCUGCUUGGACCUGAUGAGAACAUCUUCCGGAUAGAUUGGCUCCCAGACACAAAAAUGAUGACGAUUCAAUUACUCGGGAAGGAUGAUUCGAGGAUUGAUGAUUCAGAGAUGUUGGCGGAGAGGUGGCAGGCCUAUGUGGAUUCGUUCGUGUCGAGUCCUGUCACGGAGGGCAUAUCGCAUUCCCGCGUUAGACGUCCAUUCCUUCGCAAGAACGUCCCUCCCUCAACUGCUGCAAGUACCCCAGUGGUGCUCGCACGUAGUGCACUAGAAACGAAAGUAUGCGUCCGGACGUACCGCUUGUUUUUCGUAUCGGGUACGGAAGACUUUCUGUGGCGGAUCCCGUCCAAGGCAGAUUUGGUGGCCUCUGGACGAGAAGAAGUGAGGAGUGAACAGCGGACUAUGAAGGCAAAGGCAGGGAAGUGGAGUCCUGAUCUUCUGGUAAAUGAGAUCAAGGAGCCAACGCCUGUGCAGGCUGGGAAGGAACAGACCACUGUGUCUGUACUCGUGUCCGUGUCUGAGCCUGAGCCUGUGAGGGUAGUUUGA